AUGGUGGGUUCACUGGUUGCACUGGUGCUUGCACUUGUUGUAUUUCUAGGGUCAUACGAGCAUGCUACUGGUUUGAAGUCCAUCUAUUUCAUGAGGAUUGAUCUGUCUAACAUAUCGGCAUCUGCUGUUCAGGGGAUCCCAUCUGAUAUUGCAGCUGCCGUAGACCAACAAAUUCCAAAUAUAAUGCAAACUUUGGGUAUUAGUGAUUUCUACGAUGCUGGUACUAAUGGUUAUUGUCAGGGGACUGAUAACACCACUGGCCAGGUAAUUACCGAGUGUUUCACUCCUCACAUGCCAUUCUGGUUUGACUUUGUAUCGAUCCUGGAAAAUAACACCAAUACUGGUAUUCAAAUUAACCUUCCAAGUGAGGUCAAGGACUACGAAAAAGUGCUUCACGCUGCUUCCGUGGGUAUGUGGGUAUGCUACGUAGUUGGAAUCGUCGUAUCAGCACUGGCUGUAGUUAGUGGUAUAUUCGCUAUAUGCAGUCGCUUUGCAGCCUGUUGUGCCAGUAUCAUUUCAGUAGUUGCAUUUUUAGCACUUUUAUUGGCCUCUGCUCUUGCAACCGGUAUUUUCGUUACUUAUCGCAAAGAGUUCAACAACCAGUUAGAUAGCUUUGGUGCCGUUGCCUCGUUGAAUGGUGGAACCUACGUGUUGACUUGGGUCUCAGUUGCCGCAAGUUUGUGGGCUGCGUUUUGGUGGUUUGUGGCCAUGUGUUGUGGAAAAUCAUCUCGUCGUCGCGAGGUUUACCAAGAAGAGAAGCAGCCUUUCAUUGGCUAUGUCCCUCAUCAAGGCCCUUUCUAG